AUGUCGUCCGCCCCCAGCACGGACGAGGCUCAAGGCCGCCGAGAAAGCAGCCAGGCUGCUCCUCGACAGCAGCUCCCCUCAUUAAGCAGCUUGCUGGGCCAGCUCGGGGCCCCCCGGCCGCUUCACUCGCCUUUGUCUGAACGGCCCGCGGCUUAUUCUACGAGCUCUCCUCUGGACCGACCCCAAGGCGGCGCUGCGCCGGAGCGAUCCUUCUCUUCGUCAUCCUACUUUCCACCUUCAGCAGCAUCUUCAUCAUCCUCACAGCCCAGGACAACGGCCUUUGAUGCCCCCAGAUUCGACGAAAGGGGCACUUUCCCCAGCCUCUCCCGGACCCCUUUUCCUGGACCGCUUUCACCCCGUGGCCGGGAACCCGACUACCAUAGACCGGAGCCGCAGUCCGAUUACCGGCCAGGCAGCCAGUGGUCCACCCCGAACGAGUACUCGCUGGGCAGCAGGGAGCCGUCUGGCUCUUUCCGUCCUCCCCCAGAUAGGUAUUCACCACAUAUGCAUGCGCCGAAGCCCGAGCAGGAUGGGGGAAUGUACUCGAGCCACCCGCGGCCGCACCACGUAUCGGGAACUCUACCGCCGACACCGACGAGCACGGCGGCUUCGGAGGGUAUCCCCGCGAAGGACGGGCUGGGACCCAAGAUCUGGACGGGGAGCCAAUUCCUCCCGCGCUUCGUGCGCGCGGCCGAGGUGCCUGGCGAAGGGCUGUGCUACUUUUACGACGACGGCAGCCACUGUAAGACGGUCAUCGACGGCGAGCCGGUCAAUGCGCACUGGGGCGUCACCAAGGCGGGCAAGCCGAGGAAGCGGCUGGCGAUCGCCUGCAUCACCUGCCGGGAGAAGAAGAUCAAGUGCGACCCCGACUACCCGCGGUGCGUUCAGUGCGAGAAGUUCGGAAGGAUCUGCAAAUUUAAGAAUGCUCCCCGUGGUACUCACAACAUUUCCCCCUCGACACCGCCGGCCGAGGCCGAGUCGUCGCGACGGAUGGGGUCCUUCAUGAGGCCGCCGCCUGGCUCCCCAAGACCAGGCAGCACUUCGAGUGCAUCGGUGUCACCCCGGACGACGUUACGACCGGCCAGCCCGGAGAACCUAGGCGGACCGCCAAAGCGGAUGCGCAUCGGGUACGAGCAGUUCCCGCCGCCACUGGGAGGAGCAGGAGAGGUAGGAGCGCAGCGGCCAUCGUUGGGGCACCCCUCGGAGCUGCCGAGGACCGGAGGCUUGCCCCUGCCGUGGCAGCAGCAGCAGCAGCAGCAUCACUACCAGCAGCCGCCACCAAGGCCCGAACUGCCACGGCUGCACGAGGAUGUGCUGGCGCGGGCAUGGCAUACAGAUCCGUACGUUUCCGACCCUCAGUCCGUCAGCACCACCGUAGCCUCCUUCUUCGUCCACAUGGACAGCGCGGCCCUGCGCUUCCUCCCCGACCGGGCCUUCAAGUCCUGGCUACAGACUAGCGCAGCAGCUCACAACAGGAAAUCAUCAGAAGACACGAUGCUCGUCUAUAGCAUCCUCGCCCUCGGCGUGGCUCUUUCGGCGGGCAACGCCGAAGCCGGUGCUGGUUCCGCGACGACCACUGCGGGUGAGCAGAGUAGCAUCGCUUACGAGUACGCUCAGGUCGCGCGCUACGCGAUGGACCGGGCCAAGUUGUCGAUACAGCUCGUGCAGGCUCGCCUCGUGCUCUCGCUGUACUAUUCCUCGACGUCGUACACCGGCGCGGCGGACGACAUGCUCAGCGGAGCCAUCUCGGCGGCCUCGAGCCUGCAGCUCAACGUCGAGUUUGAGAAGUCACCCGACGCCAGUAUGGACAGCUUUCCCUACGGUCUCAACAGGCACGGCUACGCCGAGUGCCGGAGGCGGACCUUCUGGGCGUGCUUUCUCCUGGAGAGGCUUGGUGGCGCCUUUCCCGUGCGGCCUAGCAUCAUCAAUACCGAGGACAUCUUCCUGCGGCUGCCGUGCGACACCAGCUCGUUUGAGGAGCAGGCCGAGGCCGCGACGCCGCCCUUUGAGCCUAAUUUCUCGGCCGUGCAGCAGCGGCAGGGCAGCGGGGCGCCCGUCGGCGUCAUGGGGUACCUGGUGCAGAUCGCGGCUAUAUGGGGCGACGUCAUGGCCUGCGCACACCGCGUGGCGAACCGGGCCGGCACCUACUCGGACUUUGACUUUAUCAAGUUCCACCACCUCAUCAUCUCGCGACUCGAGGACUGGAACUCGUCGCUGCCCGCGCGGCUUGUGUACUCGGCGGCGGCUGGGGCGGGGCUGGCGGCCGAGGACCGGGGCUGCUUCGUCGCGAUGCAUCUUGCCUACCACAUGACGGUCAUCAAGCUGCACCGGCACGUGCACGCACGCUUCCUGACGUCGGCCGCGUCGCGGGCGCAGUACAGCCGGGCCGCGUGCACGCACGCGCACAAGCUGCUCGACCUGUGGUGCAGCAACGCCGGUUCGAACACCACUCCCGCCCCUCCGUUUGCGGCCGCGGCGCUUCUCGAGGCGGCGGACGUGUGUUCUGCCGAGGGUGCGAUGGCGGACCUGCCGCAGCUGCUGGACAGUCUGGUCCCGGCGCAGGCGGGCGCGGACGCGGUGGCGGGUGUCUGGGGCGGCGAGGCGGGCGUCUUCGCCGCGGCCCUACGGGAGCGCGCGGAUCGCCUGGCGCGGGCGCUGGAGCAGCACCUGGAGCCCGGGUUCGCUUCCGCACCGGGAGCGGGCCCCGGUGCCGUGCACGGCGUGCGCGUGUACCAGGAGAAGGACGGCGGUGGGCGCGGCGUCGCGCCAGGAUGGCGGUGGCAGGUGCUGGAGCCGAUCGAGGGGCGGUUCCCGCGUGAGAUGGACUGUGUUUAUACGGGCGUCGGGCCGUAUGCUUGA